AUGGCCGUCCAUCCUGGACAUGUUGCAGAGUCAGCCGUGGUGCCCGGAGACCUUCAUGUCGUCUGGGGCUUGAUCAAGUCCAUGCAAUUCAAGUUCUUCAAGCAGGUCGUGCAGGCCAAGUGUGAGGAAGGGAGCGAUGUGGGCGCCUUGGGUCAGCAUACUAUCGCGUACACGGACAACACGGUGCAGACGAUGCGCAUUACGGAGAUCUCGGAACGGCUGCCGCUGAAACGCAGCAUUGGCAUGGAAAUGGUAUCCUCGGAUCCUCCGGUAGAAUACUCUGCCCGCAACGACACCAUCUCGCUCAGUGCCAUCACGCAUGGCGACCGCCCUGCAGUGUAUGUGGAAUAUACCUCUGACUUCUCGUCUGAUGCUACGACCGCAGUUCUGGAGGACUCGAAAUUCAAGAAGCGCGAGUUCUUCGACGAUUUGGUUGCGUUCAGUGGCAGCGCCGGCAGUGCCGCUGCGUGA